CUGUAUGCAAAUGGCAGCAUUGAUGUCAAAAGCCGCUUCUGACACAUCCCAUUUAUAACCGUGGUUGCAUUUGGUGCGACCUAUGAACUGGUUUACAUAACGCUGUUCUAAAGAAAACAAAAAAACCUAUACACACUGAAUUUGACGCAAGUCGACAUUGACCGAUUAACUGAAUCCCCAAGUGAUGAUGGCAAUUUUAAAGUCACGGCCAAUUUUUUCGGUCCGUUUCUGGAACACGAGAUUCUGUCCAUUGAUUCAAGAUUUGCUUUUCCAGCAUGAGCCACCAUGCUCGUCACAUUCACGCUCUUGAUAAAUCGACCAUUCGAAGUCUUCACUCUGGUCAAGUUAUUGUUGAUUUGGUAGCCAUUGUAAAAGAACUAGUCGAAAACGCACUAGACGCUCGCGCCACAGCGAUUGAUGUCAAACUAGUUGAUCGAGGUCUUAACUCUAUCCAAGUAAAAGACAAUGGUCACGGUAUCCCAGAGCAGGAUUGUCUAUAUAUGGCAAAACCUCACUGCACUUCCAAAAUUGCCUCAUUCCAAGAUAUUGACUGCGUCACAAGCUAUGGUUUUCGAGGCGAGGCUUUAAGUGCGAUCUGCGCUGUAGCGAACCAUGUUCAGAUCACGACGAGAACGGCCAAUGACAGUAUCGCAAAACAGUAUGACGUCGAUACCAAAGGCAGCAUCGUCAACGCCAAACCUGUCAACCUGAUGGCCGGAAGUGGCACGUUGGUCGUGGUUGAAAGUCCCUUUUACAACAUCCCUGUACGACGGCAGGUCGCACAAAAGACGGCUCUCAGCACACUCAAAAACAUUCAGGAUGUGCUGGUAAAGUAUGCUUUGGCCCAUCCGGCUGUUCGGUUCACUCUUAUGCAGGCGCAGAGCACAGCCGGCACAAAGAAAAAUACCCAGUGGAUCAAACCUAUCACAACCGAUAUACUGUCAGGUAUUGGGAUCGUGUUUAGUCCCGCAUUAGCCGAUCUUCUGCAAUCACAUGAUAUCACCGAAUCUUUCGAACAGAUGCCGGAUCAAUCAGAACCCUCUAUUCAUCUACAGUGCAUUCUGCCGAAAAUUGAUGCUGAUCCAACAUCGAUCUACCGUGGCGAUCGCGUUUUUAUCUAUGUCAACGGUCGUCCUAUCAAUUACUUAAAAUCGGAGCUCAAGGAUUUGGUGGUCAUGUUCCGUAAGAGAUACAGAGACGUCACCGGAGCUGUAGAUGUACCAGUGAAGAAGACUCCAUUCAUGUAUAUGGAUAUCCAUGUUCCAACCGAUGAAUAUGAUGUCAACGUUGAACCUAGCAAGUCAGCCAUUAUGUUUCAUAAUAAGCAGAGGUUACUAAAUACCUUUGAAAAGCUAUUGGACGAUGUCUAUGGAUCCGCCAUGGAUCGUUUUUUCCAUGCCCGCACUUUGGAUCAACCACCCACGUACGUUGGCCGAUUAACCAAAAGUUGCCUUGGGUAAUGUGAAGGAACUGACUGGGACAAUAGAAUGACUGCGGGAGUAGCGGAAGAAGAGUACGAAGAAACUUUAUUCCUACCAACGGCGCCUGCCACUGACAAGGUACCUGAUCGUAGCAUUCGUUCAGCUUC